AUGGGUACAUAUGAAGGAGGAGUUGCUGCUUAUAAAAUAACUCCUUCUCUGCUGCAGCAGCAGCAACAGCAGCAGCAGCAGCAACAGCAGCAGCAGCAAGAGGAAGGGGCUAAAAGACUCUUUGCUAUGUCAGCUCAUCAUGGUUCUGUAUCUGCUUUAUCUUUUGUUGGCUCAUCUCUUGUAUCAGGAGGAACAGAUGAGGCUAUGAGGUAA